AUGCGGAAAUCUUUCUCGGUUGUCGCCGUUGCGACAGCUUUGAUCCAGUCUUCGCUAGCCCAAUUCCCGCCGACGCCUGAAGGAGUCACAGUCCUCAAGUCCAAGUUUGACGAAAACAUCACGAUAUCCUACAAAGAGCCCAAUCUCUGUGAGGAAACCGAGGGUGUCAAGACAUACGCCGGCUACAUUCACCUCCCUCCCGGAACUCUCGAGGGAGUGGGUCAAGAGCAAGACUACGAGAUCAACACAUUUUUCUGGUUCUUCGAGGCCAAAGAAGAUCCGGAAAAUGCGCCACUUUCAAUCUGGAUGAACGGUGGACCGGGCAGCUCGUCAAUGCCGGGGCUGUUCAACGAGAACGGGCCGUGCUACAUCAACAAUGACUCCAACUCCACGCGACCCAGCGAAUGGUCAUGGAACAACCACGUCAACAUGCUCUACAUCGACCAACCUGUCCAAGUCGGCUUCUCCUACAACACUCUCCGCAACGUGACCCGCAACCUCUUUGGAAGCACUCAAACCCUGAAUGCAUCUUCCCCGAUCCCAGCCCAAAACGUGACGUUCCAAACGGGCACUCUCCCAGUCGACAACCGCAACACCACAUCCUGGGGCAGCCGCAACGCCGCCAUUGCACUUUGGCAUUUCUCGCAGGUCUGGUUCCAGGAGUUUCCAGGCUACCACCCGAACAACGACCGCAUCAGCAUUGCCACCCAAUCGUAUGGCGGACGCUACGGACCUGCUUUUGCUGCAUACUUCCAGGAACAAAAUGAGAAGAUUCAGAAUGGGACGUGGGACGGAACCGAAGGGGAGCAGUACAUCCUCAAUCUUGACACCUUGCUUAUCGUGAACGGCUGCAUCGAUCGUCAGGUUCAGUGGCCUUCGUACCCUGAGAUGGCCUUCAACAACACCUAUGGAAUCAAAACAGUCAAUGAGACGGUAUAUGCUGGCAUGGUGGACGCAUACUACCGUGAAGGCGGCUGCCGCGACCGCAUCGACGCCUGUCGUGAAGUCUCUUCCUCUUACGACCCCGAGAAUAUCGGCACGAACGCCAGCGUAAACGCCAUCUGCCAAGACGCAGAAACAUUCUGCACAAACAACGUCCGCGACCCUUACCUCGACGUCUCUGGCCGUGAUUACUACGACGUGACCCAGAUCGACCCAACACUCUUCCCGGCACCUUUCACCGCCGGAUAUCUCAACCAGCCGCACAUCCAAACCGCUCUCGGUGUGCCUCUGAAUUGGACCGGUAGUUCCAGCGCUUCGUCGUCUGCUUUCCGUGGCAUCGGAGACUACCCGCGUCCGGGCUGGAUUGAGGACAUUGCAUACUUGCUACAUAGCGGCAUCAAGGUGUCUUUGAUGUUCGGUGAUCGCGACUUUGCUUGUAACUGGAUCGGUGGAGAGCAAGUGUCUCUCGCCAUCCCAUGGGCCGAUCAGGAGAACUUCGCCAAGGCGGGGUAUCAGCCUCUUCUCACAAAUGAGACCUACGAAGGCGGUCAAGUUCGUCAGUACGGGAAUCUGUCUUUCAUCAGAGUCUACCAAGCAGGCCAUGCGGUACCUGCGUACCAGCCAGAGUCCGCGUAUCAAAUCUUCAACCGUGCCUUGUUCAACCUUGACGUCGCGACUGGCAAGGUAGACACCGCAUUGAACUCGAAUUACAGCACUCAAGGCCCGUCGGACACCUUUGCGAUCAGGAAUGAGGUCCCGCCGCAGUAUGAGGACUUCUGCUACGUGCUGGACCCAAGCACGUGUACCGAGGAGCAAGUGGCUGCUCUCCGGAAUGGUACGAGUGUCAUCAAAGACUACAUCAUGACUGAGCCGGCGUACGAUGCUGCCGCCGCUCGUUUUAUGAAGCGAGACAUUCUGGAUGACGAGUGA